CUUCUUCUUCUUCUUCUUCUUCUAUCUUCCGCAUCCUUCGGACAAGAGAACCAAACCAGCCAACAAAAAAUAAUAGUAAUGGAGAGUCGAAUUAGAAAGAGAGAAGCACGCCAUACCUGAGAGAUUCGUGCGUCGACGACGUGAAAAUCAUUAUUAUUUACUAAUAAUAAUUGUUAUUGUCAAUCGAUGAUAAUUAAAUUAAAAUUAGUUUAAAAGUGGUGGUGGAGGUGUUUGAUGGGUGCUAGUCACAGCACCAACGUUAAUAAUCAUCCUCAUUCUCGGAAUGCUUCUAAUCAUCCUCUGACCAACAGUAACAGCACCAGCUCUCGUCACUCUGCUUCAUCAAGUGAUCGCUUAUCUGUUAGUAAUUUACGGUCUCAGCUCACAACUAUUUACAGAAAUCAGGAAGAAGAGGAAGAAGAAGAAGAAGAAGAAGAAGAGGAAGAAGAAGGAGGAAAAGAGAAAAGAGCAGAAGAAGAAGCGAAAAGUUUCUCCCUUGUUAGAGAUUUUGAUUUGUCUGGUUUGAACUGCAUUAGGGUUUCUAGAAGGAAUUAUAUUCUCAUGGAUCCUCAUAAAAAGGUUGCACUGGAGACUGAGUUCUUUACAGAAUACGGUGAAGCUAGCCGAUACCAAAUCCAAGAAGUUAUAGGGAAAGGAAGUUACGGUGUUGUGGCAUCUGCAAUCGACACACAUUCAGGCGAAAAGGUUGCCAUUAAGAAAAUCAAUGAUGUGUUUGAGCACGUCUCUGAUGCAACGCGGAUUCUAAGAGAGAUCAAGCUUCUCAGGUUGCUCCGCCAUCCUGAUAUAGUGGAGAUAAAGCAUGUAAUGCUUCCUCCUUCACGCCGUGAGUUCAGAGACAUUUAUGUUGUUUUCGAGUUGAUGGAAUCAGAUCUUCACCAAGUUAUCAAGGCGAACGAUGAUCUUACACCUGAGCACUACCAGUUUUUCCUCUACCAGCUUCUUCGUGGUCUGAAGUUCAUACACACAGCUAAUGUGUUUCAUCGUGAUUUGAAGCCUAAAAAUAUUCUAGCCAACUCUGAUUGCAAGUUGAAGAUUUGCGACUUUGGGCUUGCUCGAGUGUCCUUUAAUGAUGCACCUUCGGCUAUAUUCUGGACUGACUAUGUUGCUACAAGAUGGUACCGUGCGCCAGAACUUUGUGGCUCUUUCUUCUCCAAAUAUACUCCUGCCAUUGAUAUAUGGAGCAUAGGAUGCAUAUUUGCAGAAAUGCUCACUGGGAAGCCAUUGUUUCCUGGGAAGAAUGUGGUGCACCAAUUGGAUAUUAUGACUGAUUUGCUUGGUACUCCUCCUCCCGAAGCUAUUGCAAGGAUUCGUAAUGAAAAGGCGAGGAGAUAUCUCGGCAAUAUGAGGAGAAAACCGCCAGUUCCAUUCACUCACAAAUUUCCUCAUGUAGACCCAUUGGCCCUUCGCUUACUGCACCGUCUUCUUGCAUUUGAUCCCAAAGACCGUCCCUCAGCUGAAGAGGCACUGGCAGAUCCUUACUUCUAUGGUCUGGCAAACGUUGAUCGGGAACCAUCUACUCAACCGAUUCCGAAACUCGAGUUUGAGUUUGAAAGAAGGAAGAUAACAAAAGAAGAUGUGAGAGAAUUGAUCUACAGAGAGAUAUUAGAGUAUCAUCCUCAGAUGCUGCAAGAAUAUCUUCGAGGUGGAGAACAGACUAGCUUCAUGUACCCAAGUGGUGUUGAUCGCUUUAAGAGACAAUUUGCUCAUCUUGAGGAAAAUUACGGUAAGGGUGAGAAAGGCUCACCUCUUCAACGCCAACACGCUUCCUUGCCUAGAGAGCGAGUCCCUGCUCCUAAGAAAGAGAAUGGAUCACAUAAUCACGAUAUCGAGAACAGAUCCAUAGCGUCUUUAGUCACGACCCUCGAAAGCCCUCCAACGUCACAACACGAGGGGUCAGACUACAGGAAUGGGACGAGCCAGACGGGUUACAGCGCUCGCAGCUUGCUGAAAAGUGCCAGCAUCAGUGCAUCUAAAUGCAUUGGCAUGAAACCAAGAAACAAGUCCGAGGUAAAAUAUCAAGAAGCAUUAGAUGAGAUGUAUUAUAUAGUACAAGUUUGUCUACACUUGUUCUUCAGAUUCUUGAGUUUUUUGCAGUACGGGGAAUCAAACAAUGAUACGGUUGAUGCUCUGUCUCAAAAGGUCGCGGCUCUCCACACUUGACUUGUUUCAGAGAUUGAGGAUUGAAACUUGUUGCUAACAGUAGACGGCUGAUUCUACAAGUCUUGUACACAUCUCUCAGAGAAGACGAAGAAGAAGUCUGAUCUUGAUAGAGAUAUUGAGAGACAUGACUCAUGAGCUAUGAACAAAACAACUUAACCUUCAUUGGUCUUCAAUUUGUCCAUCAAGUCGAGUUGUAUUAAAAAUGGAUGGAGAAUAUAAUUAAAGAAGAAUUGUGUUAACCCCUGGAUUUAUGCCUGACAAGUAUUUGACUUUAUCAGGCAUUAUAAAUUAUAGUUAAAGUGUGUGUUUUCUUCAUGACCCAUAUGUGCCUAACCUAACUUGAUUUACUGCUGAAUUUCUUCUUUUUAGUCGUCCC